UGCAGCUCUGCACCCGGCUACAGCCGGGAAGCAGGCGUAGGCUGGGGAUACCUGAGCUGGGGUGCCAGAUUAGAAGAGGAGUCAUGUCAGAAGAAACAGCAAGGGAAUCACAGUUUCCUUUGAAGAUUGCAGCACUCAGAGUAUUUGAUCUUCCUCUGUCAUGGUACUACUCCCUCUCCCAGAUCAAAUUUUCACCAGUAGCUAAAAAAUUGAUUGUGGUAACUGCAGUGAGUGCUGUAUCUGUAAUUUUUCUGGCCCAUCACUUUAAAAGGAGACGUGGAAAGAAGAAAGGAAAAAAAUUACCAUGGGAACCAGAGCACCUUAUUCUUGAAUGUACUAAAAGAGCAGCUUCAGAGAAAGGUUCAAGUUGUUCCAGUAGUAGACAGAAUUUGACAUUAUCUUUAAGUUCUGCCAAAGACAAAGGAUCACAGUCUUGUAUUUAUACUAAUGGAGGACUUUUCAGUAAAUACUCAGGUUCUGCACAGAGUUUGGCUUCUGUCCAGAGUGUCAAUUCUUGUCAUAGCUGUGCCUGCGGCAAUUCCAAUUCCUGGGACAAAGCAGAUGAAGAUGAUAUUAAACUUGUUAACAUUCCUGUGACCACUCCUGAGAACUUAUACUUGAUGGGUAUGGAAUUGUUUGAAGAGGCUCUGCGUCGAUGGGAACAAGCUCUCACCUUUCGACAUAGACAGGCUGAAGACGAGGCCUGUGGUUCCAUUAAACUGGGUGCAGGAGAUGCCAUUGCUGAAGAGAGUGUUGAUGAUAUUAUUAGUCUGGAGUUUAUCCAUAAACUGGAGGCACUGCUGCAAAGAGCCUAUCGUCUCCAGGAGAGUUUGAAAGCUACCCUGGGGACUUCUGACCCAAAUUCCCUUGCUAAUGAUAUCGAUCGGGAUACAGAUAUCACCAUGAAGGGGAAUUUGGAUGACUUUGGCGUGCGGGACACCUUGAGCAUUGCAUCAACUGAUUCCUUUGCUUCAGCAGCAGAGCUUUCAGAACACAGAGAAGUGCGGCAUACAUACAGUCUGGAGUCUCUUUGCCACUGCCCUUUUUAUGAAGAAGCCAUGCAUUUAGUUGAAGAAGGAAAAAUUUACUCAAGGGUGCUCAGGACUGAAAUGUUGGAGUGCUUAGGAGACAGUGACUUUCUUGCCAAACUCCACUGCAUUCGACAGGCUUUUCAGGUAAUUCUUUCAGAAACAGCUAACAGGCUGUUCCUUGCUGAGAGUGGAAGGAAAAUUUUAUCAGCAUUAAUUGUGAAAGCACGAAAGAAUCCAAAGAAGUUUGAAGAUGUUUUUGAUGAGAUGAUCUAUUUUUUAGAGCAAACUGAUCACUGGGAUAAUACUGAAAUGGAACUUGCUGCUAGAGGAGUGAAAAAUCUAAACUUUUAUGAUGUUGUUCUGGAUUUUAUAUUAAUGGAUUCCUUUGAAGAUUUAGAAAACCCACCCUCAUCUAUACAAAACAUUGUAAAUAACCGCUGGCUAAACUCCUCUUUCAAAGAAACUGCUGUGGCUUCAAGUUGUUGGUCAGUGCUGAAACAGAAAAAGCAGCAGAUGAAGAUUCCAGAUGGAUUUUUUGCCCAUUUUUAUGCCAUUUGUGAGCACAUCAGCCCUAUUCUGGCCUGGGGCUUUUUGGGUCCAAGAAAUUCUCUUUAUGAUUUAUGUUGCUUCUUUAAGAAUCAAGUUGUUUUCUUCCUCAAAGACAUUUUUGACUUCGAGAAGGUACGCUAUUCCAGUAUAGAGACUUUGGCUGAGGACCUCCUACAGUUACUCAAUCGUCGCACAGAGCUUUUAGUGGCCUAUUUUGGAGCUGAUUCACUGCGGCAUACAAGUAGUUGUAUAAGUAGUCAAGGUCAUGUCAUGUCCAGCAGCCUGGUGGAAGCCAAAGUACAAUAAGUAGUAUUGGAUUUAUAGAAGUUGGGUCUUCUCUGGAGUAUUAUAAGAGAACUAUUGAUUUUGUACAUAUAUUACAAAAUCAACAGAAUCCGUGAAUAUGGACUCAGGGAAGGAAAAAUAUCUAGUAAAGAAUAGUGUGAAUGUACUGCAUUUACACAGAAGUCUUGUCAAUGGAUUCCUGUGUAGUGCAUCCAAAGUGGCUUUUUACAAUCUUUAAGAAAUAAUUUUAAGUCAUCCAAGUGUAUUUUGUAGAAAUAUUUCCUGCAUUGAAUUCAAAACUUGAGUUCAUUGAGUUGUUGUCUUGAAACUGUCCGAAAUGUCCAGUAUUGUUCUCAAAAGCUGUUAUAAAAAUGGCUUCGCAACUUGAAAAUGUACACUUUAGUCAUGAUCUUCAUGGCCCACACAUGCAAGAAUAUACUAUUCCUCAUGUCAACAAACAUAACCUUGCUUGAAAUGUACUUUAGUGUAGUGGCUCAUUUGUUUAAUCAAGUUUAGGCAGUAGUGGGGUUUAGUACAGCUUACUUUAUCAGUUGUGCAUUUAUUUAAGUAUUUGAAUCAAAGAUACUGUAAUGGCUGAGUAUCAUUAUGAAACAUUUAAAUGAAUUGACAAUGAGUUUACAAGUAAUGAAUUUACAUUAGAUUUGUUAUCGUUUCUAAAAUACAUUACUUAUGAUUAUAGUUUGUAAUAGUCUAAAGAAAUUUAUAUUCUUGAUAGAUUAGAGCAUUUUUCUCAGGAGCUGGAGU